AUGGCCGAGUGGCAGGAUUUCUUACACUCAAUCGCCAUAGCUUCCAAACCCCACAGAGUGCCACAGCCUAGCAGACUCUCGAGGUUAAUCACUAAAUUUCCUCAACCAAUACUUGGAACACAUGAAACCUCUCAAUGUUCAUUUGCUGUACAAGCACCGGAUCUUAUAUGGUUACUGGUUGCAAAAACCACUGUGCAGGCAAUAGGAUUGGUAGCGAACAAUUUCUUGGAACGGACACUGGUUUUAAAUGACGAGCUCAUAUACUGGGAUGAAAUUCUAAACUCCCCCUUGUAUUCUGGGCUUUAUACCCUGCAGACCUCACCUUUUCGCUUGUGGCAGGUAGUCAGGGACGCCUACUCGGAUUCGUGGGAACCGGAAACACAUUCUCGAGGUUCAACGCCCAUUCCUGCUAGGUGGACGCAGUUUAUUGAAUUCAUUCGACGAUGUAUCCACACACCAAAAAAACACUCUUUGCAGACGGGAAUGUGGUCGCCGUUUGCCAUGCACAGGUCAGAAAUUCAACGGAAGCGGAAAUCUCUGAGCACAAUGAAAAGCACACAUGCUAGCAGCAUUGGACUUCUUAUGGAAGCAUGCCUCUCAUUUGAUCUGGGUGAUGAUAUUUCAGCCUGGGAUCGCUGCAAAUCUUCAAAUGAAAAAUGGUGUGACAUGAUUUCACGAACUGUGAUCUUGGUGGAAACCAUUCUGCGAAAUGCAGUGGGUGAAAGCGACUCUCCUGGUUUCGAGGAGAGUAUAUCUGCAGCGAUUGAUAGAGACAUUGCGUUUGUUGAAAGUCAGGUCGAUGGCGAAUCCCCCUUUCAAAAACCUGCUAUUUUCCUUGACAGGCUGGUUCACAUCCUGCAAGAGCUGAUACCAACCAAUACAAAAUUGUCAAAGACUAUUAUCAGCACACAUGGGCGUCCCACACGUCUCGUACGCUAUUGGCUACCAUUAUCCAUGGUGAUAAUGUCAGCAAGCACUUCUCUUAGGAUAUUAACGAAUCGGCGUGCUGAGCUUAUCCAAUGGGUCUUCAGCAUCGGCUCUACUGCUGUUGACUUUUGGAACAACUGGGUUUUUGAACCAAUUCAGAAACUCAUUGGUACUAUAAGGCAUGACGAAGAAAGUGAAAUUGCCAUCAUGAGCAAAAACAGCCUAGAAGCCGAUCGAGCUAGUUUAGAGAGAAUGGUUUCUGACUUCAUCACUGAUCACCAGGAGACGAACCAGGAAGGCCCUUCAGUGACAGAUAUCCAUGCUAUCACUAACAAAGUAAAAGAAGGGGACCUUACUCCAGUUUUGAAAGCAUAUGAGAGAGACUUACGAACGCCCUUCCUGGGCACUGUGCGUGGGGAUUUAGUACGCGCUCUUCUGAUCCAAGUUCAGAAGACAAAAGUAGAUGUUGAAAUAGCAAUCAGUGGUAUUGAUGCUCUUCUCAAAAGCCAGCAGCUUGUUUUUGGCUUUGUUGGUCUCACCCCGGGAAUCCUGGUCUCAUACACUGUUUUUCAUUGGAUCUACGGUGUUUUUGGCAGUAGGAGAGGGUUGCAAAUGGGCAGGAAACAGGAUGGGCUUAAACGCUCUCUACGGAAUAUUGACCGAACUUUGACAUUGUCAUCCCCCAAUGCCAAGGGAAUUCUUUCUCACAAAGAUCAUGGUCUGUUGAUAUGUGACACGGAAAUAUUGCUUCGGAAGGCAGUCUUGUUUUUAAAGGGGCAAGAUCUUCGUGAACUUCGGAGGGAUAUCAGAGAUUUGAUCAAUAUUCAAAGCGGGAUUGACAGGCAGCUGAAGGUCACCAAGAGAAUAGCAUGGGCAUAUUCCAAAUAG